AGGAGUCGAAACGAAUCGGAGGCGAACCGAUCCCAAUCUCUCUCUUCCCCCUCUCCGUCAUGGCUGAGCCGCCGCCGCCGCCGUCGCAGUCGCCGGCGCAGACGCCGCCGCCGCCACAGCAUCAGCAGCAGCCGGCUCCCGGGGCGGGCGGGCGCGAGGACAUGCUGGCGUGUGUGGCGGCGCUGGAGGCGGCGCUGCUGCCCUGCCUCCCCGCGCGCGAGCUCCAGGCCGUCGACCGCUCCCUCCAGUCCUCGCACCAGAUUGACGUUGAGAGGCACGCCAGGGACUUCAUGGAGGCUGCCAAGAAGCUCCAGUCUUACUUCAUCAGCCUGCAGCGCGAGGACCAACCAACAGCAGAAGAGAUGCUUCGGAAGGAGAUCACUACAAUGGAGGAAGAACUGAAGACCAAGUCUGAGCUUACUGCCAAGCACACGAAGCUGAUUGAAGGGUGGCGGAAAGAACUGAAGGAGCAGCUGGGGAAGCACAUAACUGAGCUCGAAAGAGUGUGAGGAGUGUGAUGCUGCAGUUUACCUUGCAAUGACCAUGAACUGUGUACAUCAAGUAGAACACCCAUUGUAACAUGUUUUUAGGAUGCUAACAGUCAGUUGGCUUUUGGUUCUCUGUUGCGGAAGACAGAAACAAAGCCACUUAUUGAUGUUUGAUGAUGUAUUUGCUUAUGGACUAUGCAGUUGCAUUAGGCAUGGUUUUUUUUUUUGGUUGUCAUUGUGUGAAAGAUGCAUGAAUAAAACUGUGUUGAUUGCUUCAAA